CCGCAGACUAAUGGAGUCCUUUCUGCACUAUCUUAAAACGCUCUCUUUAAUGUUUGGCCGUUUUUUAUUAAGUCCCUGACUUUGAGCUUCACGAAAAUCGCCAUUCACGAGAUCGUUGGUCUCUUGCAGCGUAUGGAUUGAAUAAAAUGCUACAUCUGCCAACUGUAAAAAGCCUGUGGUAAUAGCAUCUUGGUCGUGAGCACCCCUAAUUUUGCUGAUUUAUUGCUGAUAAUCACUCACAAUGGAAACCAAUCAAAAAUGCGGGGAUGGACUGACUGGCACGCAGAAAGAGACUGCGCUGCGCACUCUGAUCCAGCGCACAGGAUAUCACAUACACCAGGAAAAUGGCCAGAGAAGAUAUGGUGGUCCGCCCCCUGGCUGGGAAGGCCCACCUCCAGAGAGAGGCAGUGAGAUUUUUGUGGGAAAACUUCCUCGAGAUCUCUUUGAGGAUGAACUGGUGCCACUCUGUGAAAAAUUUGGCAAAAUUUAUGAAGUUCGGAUGAUGAUGGACUUCAAUGGCAACAAUCGAGGCUAUGCAUUUGUUACCUUCUCCACAAAACAAGAGGCAAAAAAUGCUAUGAAACAGCUUAACAACUAUGAAAUCCGGAAUGGAAGACUUCUUGGUGUGUGUGCAAGUGUAGACAACUGUCGUCUCUUUGUGGGUGGUAUUCCAAAGACCAAAAAGAGAGAAGAGAUCCUGGCAGAGAUGAAGAAGGUAACGGAUGGUGUCAUGGAUGUCAUCGUUUAUCCAAGCGCUGCUGACAAGACCAAGAACCGAGGUUUUGCAUUUGUUGAGUAUGAAAGCCAUAGAGCUGCCGCCAUGGCCAGGAGGAAACUUCUGCCAGGGAGGAUUCAGCUGUGGGGUCAUCCUAUUGCAGUCGACUGGGCUGAACCUGAAGUAGAGGUAGAUGAAGACACCAUGGCCACAGUGAAGAUCCUCUAUGUUCGUAAUUUGAUGUUGCCUACCACGGAGGAGACUAUAGAGAAAGAGUUUAACAGCAUCAAACCUGAUGCCGUUGAAAGGGUGAAAAAGAUACGCGAUUAUGCUUUUGUUCAUUUCUCUCAAAGAGAGGAUGCCAUCAAUGCCAUGAAUGCACUAAAUGGAAAGGUCAUUGACGGUUCUCCUAUUGAGGUCACGCUAGCCAAGCCUGUGGAUAAGGACAGUUAUGUUCGGUACACCCGAGGCACAGGGGGUCGGGGUGGGACUAUGCUCCAAGGAGACUAUACUUACACUGUAGGCCAGAUGUACGACCCCUCAGCAGCCUACCUAGGAGCACCAAUAUUCUACGCCCCCCAUGCAUACGCAGCCAUCCCUAAUCAGUUCCGCUUCCCCAGUACAAAAGGGCACAUAAGUACCAGGGGGCUGGUGCGCACCCCCUCUGUGAGAGAAAUUUACAUGAAUGUACCUGUAGGGGCAGCGGGCGUACGUGGUUUGGGUGGGCGAGGAUACCUCGCCUACGCAGGCAUGGGUCGUGGCUGUGCCACAUACCAACUCAAGACAGAUAAACGCCCCGACGACAAACUCUAUGACCUUCUUCCUGGAAUGGAGCUAACGCCCAUGAACCCAGUCACUCUGAAGCCCCAAGGCAUCAAACACGCUCCACAGAUCUUGGAGGAUAUUUGCCAAAAAAAUAACUGGGGACAGCCGGUUUACCAGCUUCACUCUGCUAUUGGACCCGAUCAGAGGCAACUGUUCCUUUACAAAGUCACCAUCCCUGCUCUGGCUACUCAAUAUCCAAAUAUACAUCCGUUCACCCCCGCCAAGCUCUGCGCGUCGAUGGACGAGGCGAAGCUGCACGCGGCCGAACACACGCUGCAGAUCCUCGGGGUUCCGACAGAGGGCGCUGACGCUUCCGCCGCUGCGGCCGUCGCUGCUGCUUUCCCAGGUUACGCGAUCGCAGGCACCGCCGGCACCCAGCUGAAACAGGCCGUUUCCCUGGGCCAGGACCUCACUGCCUAUGCAACCUACGAGGGUUACCCCGCCUUCGCCGUCGCGACCCGUGGGGACGCAUACGGAGUGUUUUAAAACCUUUAACUAACUCUGUAACGCCGAUGCUGAUCUGUGUCAUGUAUUGUGUCGCGUGUACGGGUUAGUAGCAGUGAUUGUUUGUUUAGAGUUAUAGCUUUGUUUCUUCCUAAGUGUUUUGGGCAUUUUUGACAUGUUGAGGAAUAGGGGUCAUCUUUUUCGACUUUACUCAGGAAGAGGGGCCGCCUGACGGCCACCGACGACUCGAUCCCAAACGUUUUCAGAAAAUGACACUUUUGAUGUUUUAUGAUUUAUUGCUGUUUGUCAAGGCCCUUGAUUUAAACGUUACUUGUGUCAUAAAUUGUGUUCAUCCAGAAUAGUGACCCCAUUAGAUUAAAUAUAUAUAUACAUAUACACAUACACAUGUAUAUGUAUAUGUAUAUAUAUAUGUAUAAUGUGUAUAUAUAUAUAUAUAUAUAUAUAUAUAUAUAUAUAUAUAUAUAUAUAUAUAUAUAUAUAUAUAUAUAUAUUAGAGAAAUUUAGAGCCUUGUUCAUUGCUGCCUGCUGCCGAUUGCCUUUAACAAUGAAUCAUUACAAAAGAAAAUAAUUUCUAAACACAAUGUAAUAUUCCAUUGUGCUAACUGACGCAGACUUUUACCCAGACGUUUACUUUAGUAAGCUUUGAUAUUGUAUUUAAAAGUGGUUGGUUUUUUUGUUGGUUUUCUUUCAGUAUUUACAUUAACAUCAGAGAGAUGAAACCCAUUCAUACUCUUUUGUACGCAUCUGCCGGUUUUAUGAUACGGAUGACACUUUGUAUCUGGUUCUUUUAUUGGUAGUUUUGCUAUAUUUUAUAUGAUAUUUACAGGCUUGCUACUAAUAUUUUCCCACUUCAUAGGUUUUCUCAGUGGGGGAUGUUUAAAUACAGACGGACACAUUUUUUGUUAAAUAUAAAGAUGCCUUAAAGGUGACAGUAUUAAAGUUUGUGUAGCACUUAGAACUUAUUUUUAUACCUGACUUCCAACUCUGUUUGGAUGAACUUUGUUAUUCGAUCAUAGAGUGUUUGAAAUUAUUUAUUGUCUAAGCGAUUGGCUUCAGAUCUGGAGGGAGAAUCGGACGGGCAUCAUCAGGACGGAAAAAAAAAAAAUAAGCUGAGAUCUUCAUAGUGCUACAAAGUAAGAGAGUUGCGAAAAUGUAAUUGUAAUAAUUCAACUAACCGUCAAUAAAUCAAAUUCACUUCUUG